AUGUCCAAAGCCGCACAGAAUCCGUUGCCGCGGCGAGUUCGGACUAGGCCACGGGUAUUGCACAAUAUUUCAUCACGGUCGUCCCAUGAUGUUCUUUGGCACCGAAUGCCCAACGCAGUCCCAAAAGUCGAGCGGUCUAUAAGGAUGUUGGUUUUCUUGUGAUGAACGUCCGAGGACUCCUCGUCAUGCUCCGUGAAUCUGAUUUGUGGUUGAAUGCCUCACAAAUUACCAAACUUGCUGGAGUCGAGCAAGGCAGGAAAAUCAGAGUCGCCGAAGAUCAAAUUGAGGGCGAAUAUGAGAGAAUAAUAGGUGGAUACGCUCCAUAUCAGGGCAUCUGGGUUCAAUACGAGUACGGGCGGCGGCUUGCCAGAGAAUACAACGUCGAACAAACUCUCCUACCGCUAUUGGAGUACGAUGCCACCACUGAUAGAAGCAGGCCUCCGAGUCAGCCCGCCAGAACGUUACCAAGAGGAAAUGUUCCGAAGGCCGUAAGAGUUCCAUCAUUCGAACCGAAGGCACAAAUUCAAGCACCUCAGAGGAAAACUGUGCCAGCCGACCGCCCUCACGCAGGCUCAUCAGUCCACGAUAAGCAACGAAGCGAGCAAUCUUCUAACGCUCUGGCGAGUCGAGAAGAGUGGUUAGAUUCUAGCGAAAGUGAAGAUGAACUCUCUCGGAUAUUCGAGUCCGAAGAUGUCGAAGCACUGAGGCCGACUGUGAUUUCUGAUGUAUCUCCUGCGCCACAACCACCAGUGAACAUGAACAGCAAGAGAAAGAGACAAUCGGAACCACAAGGACACGUCUCAGAUGAACCGACGCAUGCACAGAAACGCCCGAAACAGACUCACGUUCUUUCAGAUGAUAAGUCUGAAGUGUUCCAGGACUACAGCCAGGUGUCAGCUCAAUUGCUUUCCAGAACAAUCAGAAAUGCACUGCUGGACCCAAAGACAACUAUACCGUCAUCUCUAGAGGAAUACGGGCAUGGCACCCGCAAUGCCAGCAUUGGGGUUGGUGUUGGCCGCACGAGGAAGAACGCAGACGAGUAUUCCAUGAAUGCGCAUUCUACUUUCAGUCGCACCAGGAGGGAGCGCCUGGGCGAGCUGGGACUGUGGUUCGAUCGGCGUCAAUUGGCCGACAACAACGCCGUUAUGCGAUCGAUAGAAAAGGUUAGGGCGAAAGUACCGUGGGAUCAAAUGUCUCAGGAGGAACAACAAAAGGUUCGCAAGCAGGUGAAGCGCAAAAUCUUCCAUCAGCGCUAUCAAGAGGGCAGGUCACAAAGCUAUUUUAUCUCACAACUACUCAAGCUGGCAAAUCAAAGCGGGGUCAGCAACGACGCAAUACUGGGUCUUCUACUGCAGCAACAGAAAUCGAGGGAGACGCUUGUCGACCUCUUUUCCGGGCUCGUCGGAGUCAACGAGUCAGGAACGCUGUCGGUAAACAAGGUGAUGGUGGAAAACUACGAGGGAUGGGAAACUGAAUGAGAGCUGAUCACUGUUUCGCAAAUCAAUCUCAAGUCAACCAUAGGGUACGAUCCUC